GUGUAUAUAUGUGAAGGAAAAAAAUAAUUCAUAACGAAAAUCACAAUGAAAAAAAAAAACAUUUUCCUCUCUAAUUUUGCUGAUGAAACACACCAAUUUUUUAUUCAAUUUUCAAAUAAAAUUGUAUUCAGUAUUUAGUUUUAACUUUUUCAUUAAAUCAAAAACAUUCAUUCAAAAUUGUAUGUAUAAUUCGAUCGACUUAAUUAGCCACGUUACUGCAAAACUAAGAUGAUCAUGAUAAAUCAUGGCAUAUUUUAUAAAACCAGCGAAAGAAGAAAACAAUGUACACUCAUUCGUAUGCACACACUAACCAAUGCAUCAUAAGAUUCAUAUAAAACAUACAAAAAUAAUACUACUAAUAAAACUAAAAAAGAUGAGACAAAUAUUCUAGCAAAUAUAAGAAAAAGCAAAAAAAAAAAGACAUGAAAUAGCGUGGCACCUACUCUUCUUCUUCUCUACUUCUACCUUUAGUAACUCUCUUGUCUUCAUACAACCUUUUACACUCCUUUCUCCUCUUCUCUUCAUCAUUUCUCUUCUUUACACCUCUCUCCAAUGGUGGAAACUGCAAAACACUAAACCUAAUCUCUCUCUCUCUCUCUCUCUCGUGAAUGGCGGCGCGAAAACUUGGGUCGUUGUUACGUCAGCAUUUCUUCUCUCUCUUCUUUCUCUUUGUCGGCUGUUUCUUCUUCCCCAAAGGAGGCGACUGUAAACAUAAGAAGAGGAAGAAGAAGAAGCUUAGAACGGUUUCUUCCGGUUCAGGUUCCGGUUUAUCCUCUUCUUGGUUGUCUCUAAAACGGUUUUUCUUAUCCACGACGAGGAUAUCUAAACCCCGCAGCCAAACGCAUCCUAACGGUCAGUUAACGACUCUUACUUCCGCUAGAUCGUCUCACAACUCUCUCGUCACUCUCGUUCAACCCGACCCGGAAACCCGUGUCGAAAACGGGUUAUCGGACGACUCCGAGGAGAUCUUCUCUUGCACGACGUGCGGAGAGAUCUUCCCCAAAACAAACCUCCUCGAGCAUCACUUCGCCGUCAAACACGCCGUGACGGAGCUAACCGACGGCGAAUCGAGCACGAACAUCGUCAAAAUCAUAUUCAAAUCGGGCUGGCCCGAUUUGAAUAACAAAGCCCCGGAGAUCCAUCGGAUCCUGAAGAUCCACAACAGCCCCAAGAUCCUCGCGAGAUUCGAGGAGUAUCGAGAGUUCGUCAAGGCCAAAGCCGCUCGUACCAGCAGCGGCGGAGGAGGAGGAGGAGGAAGACGGUGGGACGACGAACGGUGCGUCGCCGACGGGAACGAGCUGCUGAGAUUCUACUGCUCGACGUUCAUGUGUGACCUAGGGCAAAACGGUAAUUCAAAUCUCUGCGGCCAUCAGUACUGCAGCGUCUGCGGGAUCAUCGGAGCCGGAUUCUCGCCGAAGCUCGACGGGAUCGCGACGCUCGCGACGGGGUGGAGGGGACACGCGGCGGUUUCGGAGGAGGUGGAGGAAGAGUUCGGGUUUAUGAACGUGAAACGGGCCAUGCUGGUUUGCCGGGUCGUCGCGGGCCGGGUCGGGUGUGAUUUGAUUGCUGAUGAUGACGUGGACAAGAGUGAUGGAGGGUAUGAUUCUCUAGUUGGGGAAGGGAGUGGGAGUAAGAGUGGGGCCCUGUUGAGGAUCGACGAUGAGGAGCUUCUGGUGUUUAAUCCAAGGGCUGUGCUUCCUUGUUUUGUGAUAGUGUAUACUGUGUAAGCGUGUGAAUGUGAUCAUGUCUGUGUUAUAGACUUGUAGUAUAAUGUUACAACUCGCGAGAUUUUUGUGAGGUUUGGUUUAGAUGUAAUAGUGAAGUGUGAACGCGUAAGAUGAUUAAACAAAUCUUUGUGGUGUCUUUCAAUAUGAUCCAAGCAUUUUUUGAGA